AUGUCUCCAUCAAGAGGAGUUUCCGAGCUACAAUCGCCGACCUCUGAAGCAACCACUGAAGCCCAGGCUGAAGUCCGUUCCUCCUCGGCCCUUAAAUCAGCGAAACAAAACAUACAAUUCCUCUUCUCCCCCGAUUCUCCCAAUGCGCCGCGUCCCGCACGUCUUCGAACCCGCGCCCUCCUCCGAUCGCUGCGCUACAUUGGUGUGUUCGUGUUCUGGCGCAUUGUUCGAUAUGCAAAAUAUGCCCUUGUUGGUAGCGUUGUCGCAGCUAUAGGAGCGACCGCGUUUGGAGGCGCGAUCAGUGGUGCCGCGUUUCUACUUGCACCACCGACGCUUGCGACGAGUGCUGGUGUAGGUCUGAUUUGGGCGAUGGGGAAAUGGGGGUUCAGAAAGCUGCGGGUCAAAGAUAUGGCCGCUGUCGAAAUGAAAGACAGUCAUAAGAAGACCGUUGUUGAUGGGCAAUAUAGAGACGUAUCGGGCCCAACGGCUGUUCCAUGGUGA